GUCAAAAAACAAGGACAGCUCAUUGUAGUGGCGGCACAAUCAAACUGAGCAAGUGUUGAUGAAUAAUCGUAAAAUAAAUUUCAUUUCUGGACUUCGUAUCAUUCGAUCACUUAAAAAUGAAGAAGUGUAAAGCAAACUCUGCCCAGGAGGAAUGUGGUGUUUGGCUCGAUACGGCGGAGCUGAAAGGAAAAGUCAAACAGAAGCGCCUUGCCCGUCCCAUCUCUAAAUUGCUGAAUCCCUUUGCUGAGGGUGACGGUUACAACUUAGCUGUGGCUCUCAACUUCACUCAGACCAAAGUGGAAAUGCCAAAGACCAAACAAAGCUCUAUAUCAAUGUUUUUCACACCGCAACAAAGAGUACUUCAUAAGAUGUGCUCCUCUGAAUCWUCAAGCCGGAAUCCAUCGCAGCCCUUUUCAUCAUCUGCAUCYGCCGCUCCAACGGUGAAAAAACGAGGGCGAGAUCUACGCCUUGAUGACUCCGGUGUGGAUGAAAAUGGGACCGAGGCUGAAGCAGCACCGUCACAGAAUCAAGGACAUCGUUCGCCAAACCGUGAAUUUGAAGACAAAAGCUCUGGAGAGAGAGAAGCACCUCAGUGCAAGAGGAGGCACACUGACCCAGUGCCAGAUGACAGCCAAGCACCCUUUCAGACAUGGAGUCAGGACCCACUGUUUACCUGCAGCCAGCUCCCUGAAAGUGAAUUUGAUCCAACUGAGGAGACUUCCGGAGAGAAAAACCUUCAGAGUUCUGAGAGAAGUUUUCAAGACAGUCUACAGACAGAUGCUGAAGGAAGAACCUCAACUCAAAUAGCAGAUAAAAAACAUCCUCAGAUAGACGACAAUAAGGAAAACAGCAGGUCCAUGUUUUUUAACACCCCAGCAAAGCAUCAUUCUGUCUCUCACCUUGGACAUGCGUCAGAUCUUAAAUGGACAGAACCAAAAYGCACUCCGCAGCUAAAACACCCAGGAAAAGAGGUACGUUUUGACUCAGCGUGGCCAAAACUGAGCAGCUCUCCUCUUCAGAGCCCUCAGCAGCAAAGCAGAAAGGUGCAUGAGGACAGUUUGUCUGCGCUGUUCACUCAGGACUCUCAGGGCUUCAGGGUGAUCGCACAUCGAGCUCUGUCCUCCAGAAGUCCACUGAAGGAUCAAAGUAAUCUGAGAAGUUGUGCUUACAAACCUGAGGAGGGUGAGGAGGAGGAUGAAAGGCUCUUCACUCAAGACUCUCAGGGAAACAUGGUGAUCAAACACUGAUGUCUUUUGGAGUAAACUGGAUGGAUAUUAAUGAAACUUUAAAGUAAUUAUUAGAUGUGCCACAUGAAAAUGAUCUUAGAAACCAAGAAAACUGUCUACAACUCAGUUUUACUGAUAUUCACCAAAUAGACAAGCUGAGGGUUAUCCUAAAUUUCUCUAUAUUGCAUGAGAGUGUGCACUUACUUUACAUUACAUUGCUUCUUUUUAAAAUCUAUUUGUAAAAUGAAACUCUUAACAAGCCCCGGGUGAAAGUUUUUAGCUUUAUUUGAAAACUAUUAAGAAGUCACAUCAUUUCAUAUAAAUUAAACAGAAGUUUCUUGUUGAUUUCCUUUACGUAGRUGCUGCAUUUCAAUACAAAACAAAGUGACGUACAAAAACAGGAAGUGAUCGAGCGUGUACAAUGCAGAUUACAUUUCAUUUGCCUGCAAGAACAUUGCCAUGGUUUCAACUAUUCAACAGGUCUGACCCUUUUACCUUCACCUGAGCUUCAGCACUGAAUGUUUAAAUGAUCAAAACUGCAGCUAUAAAAACAUUAUUAAAAGACUUUUCUGAUAAUUAAACAUUAGAGUUUGUUGUUUGCAGGCUUAUGUGAUAGGCUGAUGAGUGUUCAAAUGUGAAUAAUUCCCAAUAUUUUGGGGUAACGAGAUCUUAUGAGGAAAACUAAUGUUUAUUUGAAGUAAUACUUUUCUAUAAAUGUCUGUAUUCUUAUGGCAGAGACAUGAAACUAAGGGUGUUAAUUCAAUGUUUUACAGACCUGAGUGCUAAAAGUGUGAUUUUUUUUUAGGCUGGUACUUUUAAUACAUUCAAGGAUUGUUUUUUUUUCUUGGGAUCACAAAUAAAGGAUCAAAAAGACAA